GUCUGAGAACAAUCCUUCCCUCGGCCUCAUCCUCGUCCUCGUCGUCCUCGUCGCCCCCUCUCUCUCUCUCGCACACACCUCUUUCUCUCUCCUCCCCACUUCUCUCCACGCUCUCCACGCUCCUCUUCUCUUAACACUCCACAACUCCCCUCACUCGUUCCCCGUCCCCUCUUCGCCUUCGUGUUACUCCCUUCAGCCAGCCUUGCCUUGAACAACUACCUCCCUAUCAGCACUUGGGACAGCCUCACCCUCUUCGCCCCCUCCGCACCUCCCUCAUCCUCUCCCCUUCCCCCUUUCAUCAUGCCAACCACACUCCAGCCUGAGGAUCAGCCCCGCCGGCAUAACAAGAACAGCAUGCACGAGCUCAAGCUUCGCCGCAUCCUCGAGAACAACGCCCGUCUCAAGGAGGACCUGAGCCGGCCACGUAUUCCAGUGUCGCAGGCUAGCUUAGGACUCAUCCGGUACUGCCAGGACACACGCGACCCCAUCCUCCCGAGCGUGUGGGGCGAGCUCAAGCGCGGCGAGGACCCGUACGCGCCCCCCGAGACCGGGUGCGGAUGCACCAUCAUGUAACCUCGCGCUGGCACACUACCCAUACCCCCCACACUCGUUAUCCCCUGCUCGCAGGCUACCGCUCUUAUAAUCGCGGCGUGCCCUCAUGUAUCCGAUCUAGACA